AGACUGGAGAUUUGUGGAGAAUAAGCGCUAGACUCCGGGCGAGGAAGCGCUGAGGUGCGGCACGUUCUUUGCCUUCGCAUCGCGGCUUUUGCUUUUGUUUCUUGUCCAGAGACAGAACAGAGCGUCUGUUCAACAUCACAGCGACCCAAAUGCCCGGUCCCACCCAAGCCCUUUCCCCAAAUGGAGAAAAUAACAACGACAUCGUGCAGGACAACGGCACCAACAUCAUUCCAUACAGGAAAAAUACAGUGCGAGGAGAGCGCACCUACAGCUGGGGGAUGGCGGUCAACGUUUACUCUACCUCAAUAACCCAGGAGACUAUGAGCAGGCAUGACAUCAUCGCCUGGGUCAACGACUUGCUCUGUUUAAACUACACAAAAGUGGAGCAGCUGUCCUCAGGAGCUGCCUAUUGUCAGUUCAUGGACAUGCUCUUCCCUGGGUGCAUCGGUCUUAAAAAGGUCAAGUUUCAAGCUAAAUUUGAACACGAAUACAUUCACAACUUCAAAGUAUUGCAACAGUCUUUUAAGAAGAUGAACGUGGACAAGAUUAUUCCUGUGGAGAAACUGGUAAAGGGACGAUUCCAGGACAAUCUUGAUUUUAUCCAGUGGUUUAAAAAAUUCUUUGAUGCUAAUUAUGACGGAAAAGAGUACGACCCCAAAGAGGCGAGGCAGGGACAAGACGCAAUCCCGCCCCCAGACCCGGGAGAGCAGAUCUUCAACCUGCCAAAAAAGUCCCAUCAUGCAGCGAGCUCCCCCACUGCAGGAGCGUCAAGGAUGAGUUCAACAACCCCCAAAUCUUCAACCCCGACGUCCAGACCCUCCUCGGCCAAAAGGACCCCGACGGCAGCGGCAGCGGCGUUUCCAACUGCAAAAGGAGAGAAGGAACUGGAAGCACAGGUCAUACACCUCACAGAUCAGGUGAGCACGUUAAAGAUGGCGUUAGAGGGAGUGGAAAAGGAGCGGGAUUACUACUUUGGUCGACUGCGAGCGGUGGAGCAGCUAUGCCAAGAACAGGCAGAAGAAAACGCCCCGUUUGUGGAACAGCUAAUGGAGGUCCUGUACGCUGCAGACGACCAGGAAGGAGCAGAGCUGGCGGAGGGAGACGGCCCCGAUGAGGACCUCCAUGCACACGAGCUCCCAGAUGAUCAGCAGGAAGAACAAGACGAAUACUGACUCUCACCCACACAAUCACACCACCUUUCCAGUCUGUGAGAACUGUACCAGGAUUUUUAUUUCCACAGGGUUUUGUUUGAAUCUCAAAGACUGAGCACACGAAGCAAUCAUCAUCAUUUUGUACCCUCAACUCAACGUGUUUUGUGACUUUUGGUGAAUGCUGUUGCGCCAACUGAACCCCAACCGGCAGCAAACAAGCUCAGAUCAUCGCAAUUUUCCAAGGAAUUGUGUGGAUGAAAUCAAAUCCUAGUUGUAAUGCUGAAGUUUUAAAUGGGUAGCUUUUUACCCAUGCGCUAACUUCGUAUUUUUAUGUUUUAUUUCAAAGCCACCGUAAAUAGUCAAUGCAAUGAUGCAAUACACAAAGCUCAUAGCGGCUUUUAUUUAAGUUCCCUCCAUUUAUUGCACUGAUGGUAGAUUCCAUUUCUGAACAGUCUGUCCAUUAUAUCUGUAUUUAUUGUUAAGCCUUAGGAAUAGUGCGACUUCACUCAGCAAGACAAGUUCAUGAAGGAAGACAACGCAGUCAUUCAAAAAUAGGAAAAAACGUAGUAAACUAGCAUCUGUGUAUGAUUAAUAUCUUUAUUCACGAUUUACGGAGGUUCCAGUCAUGUUUGUGCUUUACUGUUACUAAUGCCCUGCAGAGUGGAAACUGUAUAUUCGUAUGGUAAAUAUACAUAUGGUUUGUUUUUCUUACAAAAGCAGCGUUCAAAGUCGUUAAAGCUAAUCUCAUCUGUUUAUUUUUUAAGCAAACGGUUAUAUGGAAUUGUACAUUGAAUCCACUGCUACGUUUUUCUCCAGUGACUACAUAGUAAACCCAUUCUUAACAUUGCAUUUACUAAUAUUGAACUGGGCGAUGCUUAUAAUGCUUAAGUCAUACAUGUGUAAAUGAUAAGGAAUGUAAACAUGUACUGUCUAUAUGUGAUGAAUGGUCUAUGUUUUUUAUGUCCCACUCAUGCAUUCCCCAAAAAUGUGUUGCAUGUUUGCAUUUUAUUUGUGAAUAACUUGACCUGCUUUUUACAUAUUUAAUAAAAAACUAUGUUAAGUGAGCUUUUGUUUUAGCUGCUGGUUGAGAGAUGUUGAGAUUUGGAUGGUUUGGCUGUAAUAAAAUGUAUGAGUUCU